AUGUUCCUUUAUUUAGACAGGGUUGAUCUUCACAUGCUCGUACAUCUGCAAAUAGAAGAUAAAAACGAGAGCUUAUUUUUCUUUGUGGUAUUAUUUUCUAUCUUUUUACCACUAAGACAAUCUUGGCCAAAAUAUCCAUGUGAUACCAAAUUGGAACAUGAUAUCAAUCGAGAUGGUCGAUGUGACACAGGAUUUUUAUUUUGUCUCGUACAUUUACCAUUUCAAAAUCCACAUAAUUGUACAUUAGGUGAUCAUUUUACGGGUUUUGUUGGUGGUGAUGAUAUACAUUUUGUUAAUAUUGAUCAACAAUUACAACGACGAUCUAUUUUAUCAAUUAAUAAAAAAAGACAACGAUCAUCAUUAAUUUCUCUUUGGUUUCAACCAACAAUUUAUUUUCGUUUUAAUUAUCCAAAAACUGGUAUUGGUCUAAUUGUUGAAGUAUUCGAUAUAGAUGAUAAUAAUAAUCAAACUAUUCAUGAUUCAAUUGACUUUUACGGAAGAACAUUAACUGAUCUUAAAAUUUAUCGUUCAACUGAAGUAGCACAACCACAAAGAAUUUAUCUUCGAAGUUUAUUUGGUACUUAUACAAAUUUAACUGUUGAUUUUAUGCUUUAUUGUUCAACAAAUUACUACGGUUAUAAUUGUGAAACAUUUUGUUCACCGAAUGAGCAACGUUAUGAAUGUGAUUUAAUUACUGGACAAAAAAUUUGUAAACAUGGAUAUUUUGGCCAAGAUUGUCUUAGUGAUGUACGAGCAUGUGAAGAUCAACCCUGUCUAAAUAAAGGAACAUGUGUUGUUUAUCUUCGAAGUUAUCUAUGCCAAUGUCAAAAAGGCUUUACCGGUCGUUCUUGUGAGAUUGCUAUAAAAACUAUCGAUAACAUAUGUAAUCGAGCAACAUGUAUUCAUGGUGAUUGCUCAAGAGAUGGACACUGUAUUUGUCAUAUUGGUUGGACAUCGGAAAAUUGUAAUCGAAGUCUUAUAAAAGCAAGUGGUUGUGCCAGUCGUCCAUGUCUACAUAAUUCAACAUGUGAAAAUUUGAUUGAUACUAAUGCAUUAUCAGCUUAUCAAUGUCAUUGUCGAAUUGGUUAUAUCGGUCGAAAUUGUGAAGUUGCUAUUGUUACAUCUUGUGAACGAACACCAUGUAUACAUGGUCGAUGUUUAAAAAUUGAUUUGUAUACAGAAAUUUGUAUUUGUGAUGAUAACUGGACUGGAAUUGACUGUUCACAAGCAUUGUUCACUCCAACAACAGUUACGCAAUUAGUUGAUUCACAUAGAGAAUUUGAUACUGUUACAAAAAUGUCAUCUGUAGCAAUAACAGGAAUAAAAUCAAUGAAAAACUUAACACUUACACCUUUUACUACUGAUUUACGUGAUUAUCUGGAUUGGUUAAAUGAAAAUGAUGCAAUAAAUAGACUAAAAAAUUCAUAUCAAUCAAUUACAACAUCAUCAAUAUUUCAUAACAAUAAUUAUUCACCAUGCUUAAGUGCACCAUGUCACCAUAACUCCACUUGUGUUAUUCAAUCUGAACAUAGGUUUCAAUGUCUUUGUGCACCUUCAUUUAUUGGAGUCUAUUGUGAAAUCGGUAAAUUCUUAUGUUUAUUUUUCAACCUUAAAUAUAAUUUUUAUAAUUCAUUCAGAAAUUUUAAAUAUUGCACAUUUUCUUGUGAUGACAUUCUUUUAGAAACAAAUCCAUGUGAAAGUUCACCAUGCCAACAUCAGAGUAUUUGUAUAGCAAAAUCAAAUCAUGAUGUACAAUGUAUAUGUCGACCACAUUAUACAGGCAAAUAUUGUGAAUACCCUCCCCCAAUUCAACCACCAUCAUCCAAUCUACAAUGUACUCGUAUUUGUCGUAACGGUGGUGUUUGUUUGGUUGAUGAAUCCAAUAAAGAAUUAUGCAUAUGCAAAUCAUCUUAUACAGGUUUCUACUGUGAAUUAUCUAAAAAUAACUGUAACGAUUCAUCAUGCAACAUUGAUCCAUGCAUAUCAAGUCCAUGUUUAUCAAAUGGUACAUGCCAAUCAAUAAUAUCAUCAACAAAUUACACUUGUUUAUGUCUUGAAAACUAUACAGGUGACCGAUGUGAAUUUUAUAUCGAAUCAGAUGCAACAUAUGUUUUAUCACGUGAUAUUGCAUUAAAUUAUGAUGAAAAUAAUUCUAAAAGUUCAACAGAUCUUUGGCCAUUAGCAAUUGUAUUUGGUUAUGUAUUUUCUUUAAUGCUAGUUUUUAUAAUUAUUUGGUUUUUAUGGUAUGGAUUAACAAUUCGUCCACAAUCAUAUUUUCAUUCUGAUAUUCCAUAUGGUGAACGUACUACGGACCGUUAUCAACCAUAUCGUUUAGGUGUUAGUAAUCCACUUUUUUUUAUAAAUCAAGAAUAUAAUUCAAAUUCAAUAUCAAAAACUUUUUCGAAUUAA